AUGAGAAUAACUCGCUAUCUUUGGAUUAGUAACUUGCCGUCAAGCGCUUCAGAGGAAGAUAUACGAAAUGCGCUGAACAGGUAGCCGUUGUCCUGCAACCUGUUUCGCGCGUAUACUCUCAUUUGUUUGCGUUGGGAAUUUAUUUUUUUCCGGAUUUAAACGACUCCAAUCGGAAUUAUAUUUUGAAAUUUUAGCCACGGAAAAAUUCAGAACGUACGGAUACAUGACGCUGGCCAGACUCGCGGCGCAGUUGUCGCCUUUUUGGAUACUAAAUCUGCGACGAAGGCUAUAGAGAGUUCGGUCAGGAUAAACAAAACCGUCCUCCGUCUUCAGUACUGCGAGUCUUCCGGAGUACCGUGCUGUAGUUCAAAUACUCCGAAAGCUGCAAGCCUUCAAAAGCCUGCUCAACGGUACACUCAUUUUAAAAACCCUCAUUUGUAUCCUCGACCUAGAUCGUCAUCACUUUCGGACUCUAAGAGCAUUGGUGGAGAAGACAUAGAUACGGAUAGUUCGUCGUCAAGUCCGUAUAGUUCACGAAGCUCCUCUCCGCAAUGUGGCUAUUCGAAGAAAAAUCAGUCGUGAGAUUUUGAACUUUUGUCUCUAUCGAUAUUCAGGUACUCCCCGGCGAAGCGAGAGCAUCGCAAGGCCAGCAUGGAUUCUAAACGACAUUCACGCCGAGAGUCACGUACUUCGCGUUCGAGUAACCUUCGUGGAUUACGAAUCACACAGUUGCCUCUGCGAUCUUCGGAUACGAAUCUUCGCGAGGGUCUUUUCCACGAAUACAAAAAACACGGGAAGAUUACCUCAAUUGUAGUUAAGGGCUCUGGUCCGAGUCGAUCUGCUCACAUUACGUUUAAACUAGCCGAAGACGCCGAAAAAGCCUAUGAACAUUCAAAAGGCAAGGUGUUUUUCGGAGUUGCUGUGCGAUCUGAACUGGUGGACGGUCUAGGUAAGACGGAGGUUAACUAAUGGUCGUAUUCUUUAGAUUUGGAAGAUCCAGAUCUAUGUCCACCAGAACACGCGAUGGAUGAAUAUCACCCAAAAGCCACGAAAACUCUUUUUGUCGGUAAUCUAUGUUCGGCAUCCGUCACUCAGGAGGACCUCCGGAGAGUGUUUCAGAUCUACGGAGACAUAAUUGUAAUUCUUGGUUUUGCUAACUGAUCUUGCCUCUAGGAGAUCGAUAUAAAAACACAAACAAACCAGCCGGGGACAUCUUACGCAUUUGUUCAAUACUGUGAUAUCAAAAGUGUCGUCAGAGCCUUAUGCGAUCAGGAGAAUGUGCGAAUCUCAGGGAAACAAGUUAAACUAGGCUUUGGGAAGAGUCAGCCCUCCAAUGUUGUGUGGCUGGACAACCUAUCUGUCAGUAUGACCGAAGCGUUUCUGGUCCGUCAGUUUGGCCGAUAUGGUCGUCUGAACCAUGUCGUCCUCGACAGAAAACUACUUCGUGCACUUCUCUACUUUGAUACAAUUGAGGCUGCACAACGAGCUUUAAACGAGACGCGGAACCGGACGUUUAUAGGCAAGAAGGUUCAAAUCGACUACGCGACCUACGAGUGCCAGGUGGCCUUCAUGCGGAAAAUGGCCAAGGGUGGCGGAUUAAACAGCUUCUAUGGAAACUACAGGUAACUUUUGAGAGCUUUUCGUUUCAUCUUCCUAGGGAGAAGAUCCAGGAAAUCCUUGCUGCCUGUUGGCCCACUUACGGAAAUGUCUUUCAAAUUAUGGAAGAUGGCCGAAGGUUGGUUCUUGUAACAUCUGUUUUUAUCUAGGAAUUUUCAUCCUAUUGUAUUUUUACUCUAUUCCAUACGUAUUAUAGCAUAAGCACGUCUUAUUCUCAGAUCAGUAGUGGUGCUUCGGGGGAGGGGGUUAUGCUGUCCUGGAACAAUCCAACGUACUGUGACCGCUUUUAGAGUAGUUUGCCCACAAAUCUGCAGAAGUACGACGAUGCCACUGAGCUACUUUCAUAGUACUAACUUUCACGUCUGAUUCAGAUGCUGCGCAAUUAACCCUGCUUUGACUCGUUCUGUUUUGCCGAGCAACAAAAAUCCGACUUAUUCGAAGAAACUUCUAUUCUCAUUUUUCCUUUUAGUUGUGCCGGAUCAAAUACGAGACGCCUGAAGGAGUCCAUUUCAUCAGUGAAUAUAUCGGAUGGUUCUUUGUUGACCUCACGAUCAAGGUUUUCUAAUUCACGGUCUCGUCAUUCAAAUUCGCGAUCUGGCUCUACAGGCAAGGGAAGUAUCUGCAGUUCGCGGAACUCUCCUACGCGUGACAUUACUAACGGUUCCAGCUCUUCUGGCCGUGGGCACCUUUUACCGAAUCCUGGAUUGUCCACCUCGGUUCACUACAAACAGUCGGUCUCAAAUCUACCGUCGGCCGAACCUCUCGGGUUUGACCGUCGGCAGGCUUCUCGUAUCAAUUCAUCUAGUCGUUUCAAUGAAUUUUCCCGUUCAGGUCGCAAGAACCGAAUGUCACAAGGUCGUAAAUCAAAUACCACUUAUCCUAGCGACUACUCUCGCACGAAUGGAUCUUAUCAACCUCCCAGCCUGACGGAUUAUGUCAGUGUAGACUCAAGCCCCACAGGACCUUAUCCCCCGCGUUCGAGAUCCAGGCGGAAGUAUUGUGUGACCUCCUCCUGUAGUGAAUCUUCCCCUGAAAGAAACGGUCAGCUUGAGAACUGGUCAUCCUCAAAACGUCGUUCAUCUUUACAUCUAGCGGAAUCUGACGGAACUCACGCUACUGCCAAACGGCAUGAUGAAAUGCAGCGUAAAGAGGCCGCCUCUCAGCGCUCACAGCGAUCGUUAGCCAGGCAAGAGAAGCAGCGUCGCACGACGAACUCCGGCAGUUGCACACCAAAUCCUCCAGAUCAACCCUCCUCAGGUGAUGGCAACUCUAAAGGUAGUCGGGCCCUGUCUGAUACUCCCGAACACCAGUCCCAUACGGGACCACCCCCACAGCUCGCCGUCGAUGUGACGCCGGCACCUGAAGGGGCAUCCAGUUUGGGUGGAAGCGUCGGCCGGCCUCUGGAUCCUUCCGUGUCCAACAAGCAGUUUGUUACAAAAGUGCCUCUUUUAGAAAGGCCUUCCUUAUCAACCGAAUCAAAACCUGUCAAAGAAAUGGAGACGCCAGCUCUUCCAAGCCGUGCUAAUCAAUGUUCAUUCAAGACGACUCCUUCGUGCCUUGCAAACUUUGAGGCGCUAACUGAACUUGAACGUGAACGAGCUGAACUCCUACGCCAGUUGUCCCUACUAAAAACUGGCUCCAUCGGCAGUCAACCGUCGGAUUCAGUCUCUCAAACGUUUUCCAACUCAGUGAUCAGUUCUAAGUAAGUCAUCCUCAAUGUCUACUACGCUGUUUCUUUCCGCCAAACUGACCUCUUUCCGGAGCCUCUGACGACCUUAUGGACGCCCAUGUUCGUUUGUUUGUAGCAGCGACGAAUAAUGUCAUUAGUAAUGACAGUCGGCUCGCCAGACUCUUGACCGAUCUGACUGAUUCUAAACUCUCCUUUAAUUGAGGGGGAGUUUGUUGGAUACAGACACCAUAAACUGCUCUCAGUUCUCGACUUUGUAAUGUAGGUUGUUUCCUGGCUUUGGCCGCCUUUUUUUCGCAAAGAAGGAUAGUAACCUGGUCGGCUAGAGAACAUAAUCACGUUCAAUUAAGUUUUAGUGCCGGACCGUUACUGGUGACGAUGCAACAUUUCUGGGCUUUCGGCGGGGUACGCGAGUAGCUGCGUCUCAUCUUCUGAAACUCGUUCCACUUAAUGACUAGUUUAAUCAACCUGACAACUUUCUAUGACAACAAAGCAGCAUCCAGUGGAACGAUGUGAAUUCCUUGUAGCCGUUAGCAGACUUCUAGUUGACUGUGGCGAAAGACGCUGUGCAAAACGGCAGUCAUCGCUCCUGUAGGUUCAGUUUUUGAAAGUUGCGACUUCCACGUGGAGGGCUGUUAUUUGUACUAGAAAGUUGUAUGUCAUUCGCGUCACGAAUUAUUUACCUUUUUGAACUCCUGCUGUGUCGCAUUGAAUGAUAAAGCCAGACAGUAAUUCCAUUAUUGUGCAGGACUGCGAGUACUUUUGUCCGGCAAGGGGUUGUGAACUAGACUUGUGUCCCUGUUAUCCAGUCUGAAUGGCCUCUACGCUUUUGUCGUUCCAUACAGAUAUCAAAAAGGGUAGAUAGUCGCGCUUGUUUGAAUAAACCACCGACCGACAAUUCCGGUGCUAAAGCUAAUAUCUCGGGGAAUUGUUUUGUUUCAGAAGCUAGAUGUAGACAGUCGCCUCACGGUAGCAAUAAGCCUCUCCCACAGUGUUACGAAAAUGCACUUUUCCGGUCUGGGUUUAGGUUACGCGGCCUUUGGAUCAGAAAUAUUUUGGGCUACCCGACCACUGCCUUAGUAGCAAGGAAAUAUCAACAUGAUGCGUUAUGGUGAAAAUGUCGACAGCAGUAUGUAGUGCAGUACGUUCAAUGCAGGUAUUGUUUCUGCGGUGAUUGCAUUUUACUAGACCAUCGUAAUUAAACUGUAACAAUUCUCGAAUCAUACCGAAUAUGCGUACUUAGGAUGGCAGGAUAUCACCCGACUGGUGCCGAUCCUGAAUUAGCUGUCCGUGUCUGCUUUUGAAUCAGAUGUCUCUGCGUACCAAUGGCGAUCAAUGCUCCACGGCGUCCUAUCCACUGACUCGGAAAUGGCUGGCUGGAACUCGACUGAGGUCGAGUGAACUUAUGACGUCGCAGCUACGCUCAUGGAUGACAUCUCGAGUUUGAAUAAUUUAUUCGCUAAAGUGUUUUCUCUGACUAAAUGGGUUCGGAUUUUAUCUAUACUGAACUCUUUUGACUGCGUUUGAUCGCCCUUAUUAUAUGAGGACGUGUGUACCUUUCUGCUUUUCUACAGAGACAUUUGUUCCCUUUUAGUUCUACGGAACGUCCCAGCGACCCAUACAGUGGUCUGACAUCAACCUACAAUGGACCGACUGUUGCCUACAGUCAGCCAUGCGUAGCAGGAACCAUGGACGCGAAGGAUUCUCUUAAUGUUGACCGGCUUCCUAAGCGGGAUUUCUCCGUUUUGUACUGUUCUGCCGCUAGCGGCAGUGCUGGUCACAGCAGCAGCAGCGAUCCUGGAGAUGUUAUUUUCUCCCCCAUGGGUCAGAGUUCGGAAAUUCUGUCACCCUUGCCACAACCACCACCUAUUUCUUCCGCCUCGCGUGACCAUACUCAUGCGAAUUAUUCACACAGUGGAAAGCUCUCCAAUACAGGAUGUAGUCCUGCCAUUCAGGCCUUCGCCCCAACACCAGCCUCUCCGCCUUACGGAUCUAUAGCAUCACCACCGUCACAGUGGGAGCACGGGACAGCGUCAACCAUUGAAUCUGACCUCCCAAUGUACUCAAGGACGCGAUUGUCUUCGUUCGAUAGCGCCCUGUUUAAGAGCAACCGUGAUCCCCGUUUGUCUGCCUCAGCACAGCAACCCCAGUCUGCCUCAUGUACCUAUCGUCCCCUGUGGAUUGAAACUAGUGGUAAGGAUGGAUUGCAGCAGACCACUGGACAGACUGAAAAACCGUUACCAUCUCCCCAAAAGCCCCGCUCUUCCGUCUCUGAGACCGACAACCUGUCGCUUAGUGAUUCUGAGCAGGACUCGUUCCUUCACACAGAUGCUACGGACUCCUCAUUGGACGAACGGAUACGCCUUCUGGAUGUCAAACUGAGGCACUCAGAGAAGUUGAGGCCAACUGUAGAUUACAGCAAAUUUAGGCUCAGGCGUAAGAGUGGUGUCUUUGCUACACACGGCGCCUCUGUGGAUUCUGUAGGACCUGAUAAGCAUAUGCCUUCCCCUCUCCUCUCUCCCCCCAGCCCCUUCCACAAAGUUUCUUCAUCUAUUCCCCCAUUCGUGCAGUCAACAUCUCCCAUAUCGACUUCUGGUGGCCUGAGUAACCGUCCUGCAGACACUUCGGAGUUUGUCAAGAGUAUGCUCUCAAGCAAGCCUCCCGCCUCAACCUCCCAUUCUGAGUUUUCCGUACCCCCAAGCGGUAGUUUCCAACUGAGUAGCAAUGAACUCCCCGCCGUUAGCACCAGGUCCAUUGAGACUGAGAGGCCUGCGUUUUCAGCCCCUACUACUGUUUCUCAGGAUCCCGUUUUGUCACAUGCCACUACGCAGCCCAAUGUCUCCACGGCCUCUCCUCUACCGCCUCGGUCCUCGGAAAAUUCUUACAUUCCGACUCCUCCUAAGACAUGUGUCUCUACUUCGGCACAAAGUGUGAGUUCUGUUUCCACAGCUGCAUCAGAGACACCGUCAUCCGUUGCCACACCACUUCGGACGGUUCUCAAGCCCGUCACAGUAAAUCCUUUGGUUAAAGCUAAACCAACUCCUAAAAAGGAGGUCCCCACUGCUGUUGCUGCAAAGGUACAAUCUAAUUCUAAGGAGGCGCAUGGCCUGCACUUAAAGGACUUCUUUACGCCCCAAGCCACACAGCUCAUCCAAACCAAUAAGAAGGCUGACAAGAAAUUAUGUUCAGGCCAGUCUUCUGGUGAGACAAAACCUAAGGAACGCGGUCCUAUGGCAUCCCAGGUUGUGAGCAGGGAUGUCGGCUCGCUAUUUAUGGAAAUAGGCUCGAAGCGAAAGUUAUCUACCACCACGUUUACCCAUCCACCAAAAUCGCCAAAACUUGCUUCCCUUAAACCAAAGCCAAAGGAGCUGAGCGAUAAGGUGGGCGUAGCAAAUGCGUCUGACAAAAAGGAGAUCACCAUUCCGCCUGACUCGCGGCCAGUCGAACGUCCGGCGGUCCCCCCUUUGAAACAGAAGGUUAAGGUGACUCCUGCCCUCUCGAAGAUCACGAAAAAAGCAAGUCAAAUGACUCCGGAUGCCUUGGGUGACGCUGGAGAAAUGUCUCGGAAGCUCUCUGAGAAAGAUAACGCACCAGGACGUAAGGAUUCAUCUUUCCUGUCCUCUGUCUCUGCCUCUAGAUCCAAGCAUUCUGAAUCACAGACCGCUGCCCACACGUCGAACGCCCAAACACACCUCAAAGGUGAUUCCGUCAAGAGGCGUCGCCUCAAGAAAAAGAAAGAUAGUGAUGAGGAAGAUUGGAAACCGCUGAAUUCCUCCACAUCCAACAAAGAUUCCUCCGCCUUUUAUUUUGAAGAAUUCGGAGCUGAUGGUCAGUACGAAUCCAUGUAUGACAAAAUCAAGCGCCGAGCCAAUAAAGACAUCGUGGAUGGAAACUCGGGAACACGGUCUAAGCCCGAAGCGUUGAAGUCAUUUCUAAAAAGUCGAAAGAAGGCUGCUAGGUCGAGAGAAAAGUUUGGUCUCGACUCAGGUCGUGACUCGGACACCGACGAAUGCCUUAGUGAGGACGUGGGGUCGCCGGCUUCGCAAGAUUCAUCUGUGCAGAUCCAACCCUGUGGUUCCGAAUCCGUCUCAAAGACACACAAGAGAACCUGUUUGAUCUCGAAGACGCGGGAACACGAUCCUCAGCAGGUCGACGGGGAGUCGUCUAGCAUCAAGUCCACAAAGGUCUCGGGCAAAAAAUCCAGGCUGAAACGCCCUCUCUCACCCGAAGUCGGCUCCUCUAAGCGACCGUCUGACAUGGAAGCUUCUACCGAGACGCCUAAACUGGGACACAAAGUUGGGAAACUCAAACGUUCUACGAAUUCACAAAAGAUGACCAAAGACUCGAGGAUGUCGGAACUCAUUCCGAAAAAAGCCAAACCGGCGCGUGAUCGGAAAUCGACCAGCAUAUCUAGUAACAAAAGAUCUAGGAAUGCGCCCGCAUUGAAGCGUCAUGUGCGUCAGGUUUUCGCCUCCUCAGAUUCUGACACAUCUAGUUCCCAGUCCAAACCUGGCGGUGGUCUUAAGCGCGCACACACGAAGAACUUGAGCGUUUCCACGACUCCCUCAUCUUCCCCACAUAUCAGUCGUUCUUGCAGCCCUAACGAGGUGGCCUUUACGCCCUCCUCCCCGGUCGGGAAUAUACCUUCCAAGGGAUAUCAAACACCACCAGCCAAUAAGGAACUUGGCGAGCAAAAGCCAGACAGUCGUCUUACACCGGAACCAUUUGCUACCAAGAAAGUGUCUGAUGAAGAACCUCCUGUGCAGAUGACAGAUGCCAGCGACGAAAUACCUCAGUUAGAAAAACAAACUGAGGACGACAUGGAGCCUGUGCGCGGGUCAACGCUUCCGCCCGAGGAUAUCGACUACUGUCAGAGUUCAGAAUUGACUGCAGAUUCAGCCCAAACUGAGCCCUUGUUAGAUCUAGUCGGUGAACAGGCCCCCGCUUGUAAUUCCUCUUCUGAAGGUCACCGGGCUACCACCAACGUGGCGGUUUUCGAAAAUUUGGUCGAUUCGCCCGACGUUUGUUCGGCCAGUGUCAAUGACAAAGCGGAGUCUUUACUACAGACUGCUAGUCAUCUAAGUGUCUCGACUACUGACAUCCCCAACGCAAAUUCGCCUCCGGAAGAGCCACCCGCAUUGUUCUCGACUGCUGAAACCAGCGCUGACCCUGGUGAGGAGGUUUCUGGCCUGGACAUACUUUCUAAUGCUGCCACUCAAUCACUCCUGUCAGAGAGAAUCUUCCCACCUAAGCGAGAUCAGGCGUUGCCAGCUAACUCUGAACCCCUAACACCCAGGUCGUUGCAAUUUCUGGCGCCCGUGGGUCAGACCGUAUCAGUCGUUGCCGCCACAGCUGCUGCUGUUCCUUCAGGUGCGCCGCUAGUUCAGGCUCACCCGGUGCUUGCGUCUGCCCAGUCACCAGGAACUCCUGUGCAACAGCAUAUCGCCCUGUUAUUAAAUCCCAGCUCACAAACGUUCUCCCCCAUCACUGCAUCGAAAUUUAAUCCGGCGUGUGAUGCCUCAACGACGGCCCUGAACAAACCUACCUUUGUUCUGGCGGCUGCCCCACUCUCCUCAAGGGAUGUCACUCUUGCGCCAGCUACAAUGACCGCAACCCUUUCGUUUGUCGGACCUGUUAGUAUUUGUCAAGGCGUAGACAAGUUAAUUGCCGGCCGACCCAUCUCGGAGUUGCCAACCGUCUCAAGUGGGGCAUCGGAUACUAUAUCGUCUUCUGUUCAAUGCGUCUCCUCCUCUGGCCAACCCAUGACUGUCACCUCCGUCGCACCAUCGCUGGAACCCGUGUCUUUGUGUCAAGUCACCGAAAAUUCAGAUCGAUCGUCCUACACCUCCUAUGUUCAGCGUGUCAUCGAGCGCGUCAAACAAGAAAAAGACGAGGAGAGUAUGCAUAGUCGCGAGAAAGUGAAGCGCACUAAGAAAUCCGUCCAAAAGGCCACCACCCUUAUUUGCUCUGGGGCCUCCACCGGCAUCCUCUCCCCUAAUUCAUCUGUACUGAGUUCGGUCUCGCGCUUGAACGCCAGUGAACCUUUGCCCUCACCAACGCAUCCUACAGUGAACUGUGCAUCGCCUCUACAGUACAGUCAAAUUCCUCCUUUGGUUGCUAAGGACGUAAACUGUGGUUCUGCCACGGAGCACAGCUAUGGGAGAAGAACUCGGCGGCUGUCUCAGGCCUCAUCCGUCUCUAGUGAAACGAAAGAACUGACGAAGACGGAUCCCUAUGAGCCUAAUUUUGACGAGGAUUUCUGCCAACCUACUAACCAGAACUCAACUCGCAUGUCUGCCAGCAACUUAGGGUCUCGUAGCUUUGUCGCAGAUAUACACCCACCAAGCCCCAGCGAUCCGCUGCAUGUGGGCCCUACGAGGGACAGCGUGGACGAGGUAAUCGAUUCCGUUGUGCAGGGUGAAUUCUCUCACGAGGAAUAUGUACAAAAAGUCCUAAGUGGCACGCUCGCUCCCAGCGUCCCUGCGUUGACUGCCGAUGGCCGAUGUCAACCGAGAUCCAGGGCAAAUGCCUCCUCUAAGGCCUCCUCGACCGGCACCUCUCGGAAAUCAGGCGUCUCCCCGGCCUGCAGUAUCCAGCCAUCGUCUUUGGUGGAUGAUAGGCAACAUCAACAACAACAGCAGCGAUCGCUCUCGCCGAUGGCCAGUCCAAAUACAGGGGUAAAUCCAUUUGUCAUUAUCGUCUACCGAAUUUCUAUUGGUUACAUCAUUUUUGGCUUGGUUUUCGCCGUACCACAUGCUUGCUGGUGUUUCAGUCUGAUGUCUGCAAUAGGGCGUUGAGGCAUGUUUAGGAAUAUGCUUGUACUCAAUAUGGCUGUGCUGAUUGCUGAUCUGAUUGGCUUCCAGUGUCCUCUCUUGGGUUUCCGCAUGUGCAACGAUUCGAGCCGGGAAAUCAGGCAAGCCCGUUAUUGUCAGACAGAAGUUUGAAGGCCAUGCUAAGACCCCCCGCAAGCCUUAUCGAUUCGAAAUUCGAACUCAUCGCCCGUGAGUGGUCCCCUACCCUCCCAGUAGGACUGCUACACCGGAUUGCCAAUUAUAAUAUGCAGAGCGCAUAAACUGAAUGGUGGAUUUUGCCCCAACAAAUUGGGCCGUUUCCUUUAGAUAAACCGAGAUGUCAUCGCGAUGGAAUGUCACUUGUUUCGUUUGAAACCAGCUCUCUCUGCCUUAUGUAGAGGACGGUUCUUCAACACUCGACUAUACUUAAGGUUUUGCAUCGUUUAUGAGUAAACCUGCUGUUUUAGCAGCCUCGUUCGCCAAAAAUAUCUCAUCACAUUUAGCGUGUCGCUUUAUUUCUAUUAGGAUAGACAACCACGGUGGACAUGCAUGUUUAUUUAACCCCUGGAGUCACGUCUGUAGUGUUGUCAGCCAGACAGAACCCCUAUUGUGAAAUUAGUCCCAUCAUUUCGACAUCAACACUGCACCGUGAGUACCUUCCCGGUUACACUAGUGGUUAUUGAGGUUAUAACACCCAUCCAUUGAGGUAGAUGUUUGAGUGCAUUCUUCACAAUUACGCUUCCAAAAUGGAAACCUAGCUUGCCUCUAACUCUUGACUCGAUUGUGUUUAUUUUCCUCAAUACUGUCGGCACGGCUUGAAGAUCAGGCGUCCGCUCAGGACGUAUAGUAGAGCAUCCUUAUGCGUCCCUUGUAACCCUUUUCCCCUCACUGACUAGACAAGCUGGUACCUUUGUGGUGUGUCGCAUGAACUCUAGGAGUCCAUGUAGUCCCUAACUUGGGUUGAAAUCCGUUGCUCAGCCUCGCUUUUUAAGCUACGCUGAUCUCCAGUCAUUGUGGCGGUCAAGAGUGGUAUGCAAACUUUAACCACGCACGCACGCAAGUCCAUUUCGUCCAAUGUCAGAAGCCAAUGAACCGAGAGCCCAUUUAGUCUAUGCACAGGGCAGGUUGUCGUGAGCUGGCAGUUUGCCUGUGUGUCAGAGCAAUGCGCGCGCGUAAGUGACGGCGUUGUUUGCGCGAGUUUGACAUGUCCGCGCCAGCUUGAGCAAGUGAUUAGCUGGGUGUAGGGCAUGUGGUUGGUUGGUCCAAGGACCAAGUCUGGGGGUGCAGGAUCACAAGCCACGCCGCCCGACCCGCGUGAUAUGGCGCCAGUUUGUGCGCGCAGCUGGACAAGAGUUACCUGAACUCAAGCCUGAAUAGUGACCGCACUUUAGCACUUUAGUUAAGCACAUUUGUUACAGCUGUCAGCUGACAAAUAGGAGCUAGAAAAGGGGAGAAAGGAGCGACUGCGGCAUCAUCACUCCUGUUCUAUCGAAGCCCUGUUCUUUCUCGUGUUUUUACGUACAAUUGUAAGAUUCACUGUUAGUUAUUUGGGGGAUAUAUGCUCUCUGGGACAAAGAAACAUGAUUUUAAGCUCAACUUAAGCGUUUCUUUUUUACUCAUUCCUCUGGGUUUCUGUACCUUUCCGGGUCCAGCAGGACAGCACGCGACCGCCAAGCGUGUCGACUACAGGAGGACAGACCUCGGCACCGGCUGGCAUACUGAGUCCUCUUCGUGUCCUUACCCUGGUUGCUAACACUCCCACCGCCGCGACCGUAAACAUUGCCCCAAAGAAGGAUCAGUACCAGCAGCCGUCACAGGCCUCCCCGAGGCUAGUAACCCCCGUCGUUAGUGUCACUGCCGAGCAGAAGCCUCCCCCCACCGCCGCUGCAGCCGCCGCUGCCACCCUUCUUCUCAAUCCGGCUCUCUCCUCGAGCCAGCUGGCGGCUGCGGCUUCAAUGGAGCCCGCCUCCUAUGCCUCCUCAUUUGCCGCCCAACUUGCAAACAGCUACCUCUCACUUUUGAACCAACAACAACAACAGCAGCAGCAACAACACUGUCAGCAGGCCGCUAUUUCGCCCCUCCACCGCAGGGGAGACACCGGCAGUGGUGGUGAUUUGACCGGCGGCGGCGUCGCUAAGGGCCUGGCCGCCGCUGCUGCUGCUGCGGCGGCAGCUUCCCUUCCCGCUCGCGAUGUGCUGGAUCGCUCGCCGCACGAAGCAGCGGAGUACUUUGCAGCGGCAGCCACAAUGGCCGCCAUGGCUGUAAUGCAGCCGGGCCUUGGCGGGGCGGCCGCCUCCCCCCGCAGCGAUGGAGCGAUGCGCCAUGUCAUCUCCUCCCCAACCACCAACUUCGCCACAGUAAUUUCUAGCACACCUCCCCCCUCCACCCUCCUGCCGGACACGUCUCGACUACGUUGGCCGACAUCCCAGCUGCCCGAAGAUGUAAGUCGUCGAAAUUGUUAGUGUCUUAAUAUGAUAUGUAGGACUGCUUGACUUUUCCCGGUUAGGAGACAUUUUUCUGGCUUUAAUUCCCACUCAUUUUGCUCUGUUUAUUGAUCGGUUGUUCCUCUGUAUACAACCUAUCGGUCCUGAUUUCCACUUUCGUAACAUGUGUUCGAAUCUCAGGUUAUCCAGACCCGAAAUUGGCUAUGGUUGACUGACAACGGCUAACAAGCCAGAAACUGCCACUCCAGUCUUCCUUGUCUCCUUCGGUAUUCCAUCCAGUUACCUGUCUUUUUACAAUCAGUGCCUAGCUAAUCUUUACGUCUCUAGAAGCUAUACUGAUUUUGCAUUAACUGUCUCCUACCUCGGAUUAAAUGACUUCUCACCUAGAAUUUCCCUCACCAUUGUUGGAUGUGAUUAUUCAGUCACCUACGUCCUCGGCACAUGAUUUCCUUUUCCCUUGGAAAUGGACCAGUUCGAAAUUCGACAACGAUAGGGUGUAGGGCUCCCAACAAACUUGACCUAGCCUGUGGACCGCGUCAUAAGUUGAAUGGUGGUAGAGGGGGUUUUAAGGUUGGGCAACACACAAAAUGGAAAGCAAGAAGACAUAGAAAAUGGAUAAAUUUCUGCCGAAGGUCCUAUCGUACGUUGUCAUUUGGCAAGGAAAAUGAGCGCGACAAUUAAAAAAUAAACAAAAAGCAAUUUUCGAAAAAUGACGGACUUUGAGUAAGGCAUCGCUGGUAAGUUUACACUCAUUCAGGAAGGAAAGGAAAUUUCAAACUAAGGAAACGGUGAAUAAUAAGUGAUGUUUACAGUCACUGAAUUUUAGGCUGUAUUUUUGUAUUUAACAUCUAUUUGUGGGCCCUACACCCUAUCGUUCUCGAAAAUUCUUUAUGUAAAUUCUAAUCACUGAGACCUGUUCGCUAAGUAAAUACCAGUCGUUUGCCCCUAUGACGAUUUUUUGUCAACAUUGGUUUUUCCUUACAGAAAUUCCCCCUUCAGUGGAGCGGCUUCAUGGCCCUGAAGAAUGACAAGGUCUACGUCCAGAUGCAUUACCUCUCCGGGAAUCGUGAUCUUAUUCGCACUUGUAUGAGUGUUAUUGCGGACCGUCUACAGUCGGUUGAGGACUCCUUACAUCCCGAUGGAAUUCACUCCAUUCCCAUCCUUCGAAUCACACAGCGGAUGCGUCUAGAAAAUCCCCAGCUUGAAGCUGUCCAGGCGAAGCUGCGUGAACCGAACAGCUUUUGUAUGUGUCUUGCGUUGGCUGGGACCCCUGUUAGCUCUGAAUUCAUGACAGAAGAACUGACGCGGAAUAAUGUCAUUCUACAGGAGAACUUUAUUAUGUAUAUGCAGGAGAAAGUCGCUGCGGGUAUCAUAAGCUGUCCGCCAUCACAGGAGGUGCGUUCAUUCUCUCUCACGAUUAAUUGUCGUCAUCUUUUGUGCUUAUAGUCCACAAGUUAGGUGGAACUACAUAUCCUUUUGGACGAGACACCCUACCGGGACUUAACUUGUUUGUCCUGAGACCUUGCUAACCCCAUAGUUUGAGCUUUGCAGAGACGUUAGUGGCGAAACUUGUUAUUUCUACUCUGGAUCGAUGCAGGGAGCGAUUCCGGACUCCGUACUUCCCUCCGAAAUCGCUAAACAGACUAGGACUAGUACUUGAGGCGGAACCGUAGUAGACUCAGCUUGGAUUUUUAUUUAAACUCCCAACCUUAGAAGAAUACCGGCGUGAUGUUCAUACUUGCCAAAUUCAGUUCUUUUUUACCAUACUCUUUCACUAACGCUUUUUGCCGACGUUUCUGUUGCUGCUGUGUGCAGCAGGCCCGAACCGCGUGACCCAUCCAUGGGCUCUCAGCAUUCUGCCCCGGGUUUUGAAACCAAAUUUCUUAUAACCAGAACCCGUUGCAGUUCUGCUCCGAAAGCUUACUUCACAAGUAGUUGCCUUUGGGGCGAGUGCAUUUUACGACGCAAUUUUGUGCGUCGUAUUUAAUUGUGCCUGUGGAUAAACUACUGAUGCGUCUAUUGUUCUCGAGUUCGCUAAAGUUCGUUCCCUUUAUGCGUUAACAGUGCGGCAAAUGAGCUUCAUUCUUUGUUUAGUAGACAGUUGCGAUCACCGGCUUUAUCUGCAUUUGAAAGACAUCUAAUUUUAUGACUACCUUAAGUCUGGUGAUCGGACUUCAGUACCUUAGGUCAUUUGAAAAGCUUAGUCUUGCCACUCGGUGGCUUCUUUUCAAAAGCUCCGUUAACACUCGGCCCUCACAGUAGAAUUUAUUUUAUACCCAUAAUGAGGAACAGUUUAAAGUGACAUAUGAACGCAUUUCACACACUGGUUGUUGGCGUGCAUAACGAAGAUGUCAAGUUCUGCAACGAACUUCUUGGACCACAGACAAACUGUCAGUCCGAACCUCCGACUUCCGUCGUAUCAGACCGGCGAAACUUUGUCAAUUUCAGACGUCCAAAAAUCUACAAGGAUGUCUGGACGAAAGUGCAUUCUUUGACUUUCCAUGCCAAAAAAUCCAUUUCUUCGAUCUGGUUUAAACCGUGUGGUUUUCUGCUAGCCAUAUACGGCCUGUUUUCAGCAGUCCCCACACUCUUACUAACUGCCGAAACUUUACGAUUAAAUGCCUUUGAGCUUGAAGUAUAAGAAUUAGCAAGUUCAUUAUGAGCGGGACUGACUUAUGUGCACGUCUAAAAGGGACAUGAAAUAGGGACGUCCCGCCAAAAGGACAAAAUAUUCUCGUGUCCUAAUCCCAACAGUAAUCCUAAUAUAAAACUAAACCGUUGCCCUAGUCUUGACCCUAAACCUUAACUCUUCAGUUAACGCUAGCCCCUACCUUAACCCUAAACUUUAUCCUGACUUACUUUACCGUAAACUUUAGACCUUACCUUAGACGUAAUCCUUAACUUAACCCUAGCCCUUAGCUUAAACAUAACCUUAAUUUUAUUGGAAACUGGCUCAAAGCCACCCGUGUUGCAGGCGGCUCCUGUCCUCAUGUCCUGUUUAGACGCCCGCAUAAGUAAAUCCUACAUCAUCCUGUAGCCACAAAAGGUUAAAUAUUCAACCUGGAGACUCACGAUGUUCCCUUCAAAAACGUCUUCUGCAAGGUAAUGUUCGAGAUCUUGUAAAGUUUUCAUUUACGCCCAGCUCAUCACUUGUUUAUACUAGUCGCGUAAGCAUUGAGGACCAAUCUACCUCUUACUUGAUAGCCUUUGCUGAUAGGUUGAACUAAGCAAAUUGUCUGCUACGUCACACUUCCUUGGUUGUUUUGCUUUUCCGCAUUUCUAAAAAUGCUCCGUACUACAGUUUUUGAAUCUCGUUACUUACCAAGCCUAUACGGGUUGUGUAAAUGUAAGUUGGUCGAACUGAGGGCCAGCAUUCAUCGUUUGCGAAAUACAUCAUGGAGUCAUUUUUACGGAAUUUCCUACACUCACCUCAGCUGCAAUCUCUGAAUCGAAGCAUCAGUCGUCAGUUAAUGACAAGUUGUGACAUGAACAUGCCCUGCCUGGCUGUCCUUAGUUUAUUUUGCCUUUGAGUAAAAGUAGAACAAGGAGAACGCCCCUGAACACUUGGUAAACACAUGUCGUCGUGGGUGGAAGGUGCGGAGUGUUGACCGAGACGACAGCUGCGCAAACCCAUUUGCCCAUCAUGCAUUUUGGAUGGGACUCAUCAGCCAUACAUGUCGUGUACGUCUCUAGCCAUCGCUCAUAGAGGGUUGGGAAGACGUAAGCGGCUUCCCGUCGUCCAGCCAAGGCAUGACCAGCAUUUUCGUGUGUCUUUGAUGCAUUAAGUAGUAGAUGCUUGUCUGCCUGGCCUCGAGGAUAUCGCGGAAUUGGGGAUUUUGAGUGCGGACGGGUCCCCAAUAGCCGCUUGGGGCACCAGCUGCGGUAGUUCUGGCAGGGUCAUUGGUAUGUGGCGUGCUGGGGCCUAUGGACGUCGGUUUAGGAGAGAAAUGUCAGUCAGAAUAAAGGAUAGUCAAGGAUGAAUAAGGUGGGUACGAGAGUACACAGGAGACGGUUGGGAAGGAGACGCGAUCACGGAAACAAGAAUUUUGUUUGUUUGACGUUUCUGAUUCAAACUCGAAUCCAUCAUCAGGGACUGAAUAAUUUAAGUGUCUUCCAGGAAGUGGGUGCCUCAAAUGACCGAUUGGAAGGGGGCUCGGUUCUUCAUCAGGCCACAGAUUUUGUCGGUUUUCAACACUGUUUCACGUCUUGUGACGUCAUACAGUUAGUGUCCUAAUCGUGCUCCGUCGCCGAGGAAACCCACAGGUGGACAAGGCUAGAGUGAGCCAGAGGACGAUGGGUGUGAUGUAAUCCGAAUCAGUAUUCAGUCUGCAACGCGAGAAUGAGGAAUUUUGCAUUUGCAAGACAAACAGGAAGUCACCCAUGACGCAGAUCACAAAGUCCGUUGUCCAAGAUGGUGGUAGUUCUCCUCAUGUGCGAUAUGCUGUCAGGACGGAUUGAGCAAGCGAUUUGAUCGUCUUAAAUACGAGCGUAACUGGUGAACUGGAAGAGUCGAUCGUCGGGAACAGAAAUUUAUCCAUCUGAGCUUUUGGACUAGCAAACAAAUUACCGUUCCCAGUGAUCGGCUCUCGGUAUUAACAAACAAAAUUUCUUAAAUGUCUAUUUUACCUACGAGUCGUGAUCGUAAAUGGUGAGGAAUGCUACAAUAUCCUAGAAUCCCGUUGCUUAUCCUGACUUGCUGAAAUGCACCACUGACUGUUAGGGCGGAGGAUGACGCCGGCAGACCUCAUGAUUACCUCACGUUGUAGCGUUUCGGGGUCAGUUUGUCGGAUUUGAAGCCAAUCAAAGGGUAUUUUGGAUUAUAUUUGUCGAAAAGCUGAGGGAACGACUAACCUACGCGAGCUCCACAGCCCAUAGGAGUCACUGAUCACGCCCUGGAACGUCAGCUUCUCUAAUUAUAUAAACAGGUUCUUUAUGAAUAGGACGCGUUGAGUUGGGGAGGUGUUGGCCACUGCAAAACAGUUGUAUGUAUUUUUAUCCCUGCUUGUGAGGGAGAAUAAAUUUUCCCGAUUUCAUUUGUACCUUGCAUUUUUGUUCUUUGCGCACACUCACGGCCUCUCACGCUCUCUCACCACCACCACCCCAUUUGUACCACACCGUUUGCCAUUUUUGAUUUACAGAAUCCCUUCGUGAUGCACAUAUUCCCUCCAUGCGACUUCUCUCGAACGCAGCUACAACAGGUGGCUCCGGAACUCCUGCGGCUCCUGACACAAAGUGCAAUACCCCACAUGCUUAUAGUCGUUGUGUGA